AUGGUCUUAGAUGUGACAGGUGCAUCUUGGGAAGAGCUUGUUACAAACCUGUUAUUAAGAGGAAGCGCAUCUAUUGGACCUGAGGCAAUUGAGAGACUUUUUUCUGAUGUAGGAAAUAUCAACAGACAGUCUAUAGCUGAAAUACAGGAUAAUCAGAUUGAAGAAAUGACAAUAAAUCUGUGGAACUUGACAGUUAUGAAGAGUAUAAAUUUCAUGAUAAAUGAAGAGCAGAAGGUUAAAUUACGUCAUAUUGCUUCCAAGUUGGCAUCUAUGUGUGAUAUUUCAGUGGCUUCAGAAGAAACUCUAAGAAGACAGAUUUUUAUGAAUAUUAAAACAGGAAGAGGCUGGAUAGAUAUUGGAAAAGCUGUGCGUUCUGAUGAAUUUUUUGAAGCUGCCAUUGUUGGUCUGGAGCACUUAUAUAUCAGAUUAGUGGAGAGGAGUUACACUGAGGUCCACGUGAUCAUUCAGAAGGUGGCUGUGGAGAAGGACCUCUUCAAAGUCUAUUCUCACCAAGCAGAGUCAGCAGUUGCUCAAGGGAAUUUUCAAAGAGCAUCUACAUGUGUGUUGCGUUGCAAAGAUAUGUUGGAUAGGCUGCCCAAAAUGGCUGGACAUCUUCAGAUUCUCUGCUACAAUUUUGGAGUAGAAAUGUACAAGCAGCAUCAAUUUCAAGAAAGUUCUUUCUGGCUUAGCCAAAGCUUUGAUAUUGGGAAGAUGGAUAGGAAUUGUACCAAACCUGAAAUGAUGGCUAAAAUUCUACGUUUACUAGCUACCACUUACUUGGAAUGGGAUUACAGAGAAUAUUAUGAUAAGGCUCUCAGUGCUAUAAUCCUGGCAAAUAAGGAGCAUUUAAGUACAACUGGGCUUUACUUAAAGUUGAAAAUCCUCUUGAAAGGCGAAACAGCUAAUGAAGAACUCCUUGAAGCUCUCAAGGAAAUACAAUCUUUUGACAUGUCUUUAGACCUCUGUCUGAAUGCUGUUAAACUGCUGAUGGAUCAUGACAGAGACUCUGUUGGGUUUCGUUUCCUGGAGAUUGUCUGUGAACAAUUUAAUUCAUCAGAAAAUUUUGGAAAAGCCCAACUGUUCUACAUCGACAUACUUUUACAAAGGAAGGAAGAACAGCAAGCCAAGGAGAAGAUUGAAGAAAUCAUUAUAGGUCACCAAGCAGGAAAACGACUGACAACAGAAUUAAUAUGCUUCUUACAAGACGUUUUGUGGAAAAAAGCUGCCAGAAGUUUUGAGGUGCAAGAUUAUGAAGAUGCCGUACACUGGUAUAAUUAUUCUCUGAAGAUUUAUGAAUCUGAUAAAACAGAUCUGGACUUGUCCAAACUAUAUAGGAAUGUGGCUUCCUGUUACCUGCAUUUGAAACAACUUGAUAAGGCCAGAGAGGCAGUGACACAAGCUGAACGAGAAGAUCCUGAAAACGUUUUCACUCAACUUUGUGUAUUCAAGAUUGCGAUUUUGGAGGGCGACUCUAACAGAGCUUUCCAGGCAAUCAAUACUUUAGAGACCUUAUUAACAGAAGAAGAAAUACCAGAUAAUGAUAUAUUUGCAAGUAGAGGUUCAUCUACUUCGCUCCUGAGUUUAGCUGCCCAGUUUGCUCUAGAGCAUGAACAACAAAUUGUGGCAGUAAAAACGUUGGAGUAUUUAGCCCAACAUUCAGAAGACCCAGAACAAGUUAUUGCAUCUUUAAAGUGUUUGUUUCGUAUUGCUCUUCCAAAUGUCUCUCAACUGCCAGAAUCUGAAACUAAAAAAAAGGAAAUGGAUAGACUUUUGGCUUGCCUGAAUAGAGCACUCCUGAAACUUACCCAGUAUUUUCAAGAAGGAAUGUCAACUUUGGAUUCAAGAAUUAAUGAAGCUCAUUGGUUUCGAAAAAUAGCUUGGAACUUGGCUGUGCAAUCUGACAAUGACCCAAUGACAAUGAGAGAAUUCUUCAUGCUUUCUUACAAGCUGUCCCUGUUUUGUCCUCCUGAUCAAGUAAUUCUGAUUGCACAGAAAACAUGUUUACUGAUGGCAAUUGUAGUUGAUCUACAGCAAGGAAGAAAAGCUUCAACACCUUUUCAACAGUCCAUGUUUCUGAACCGUGCACUUGAGCUGGUCUGUACAUGCAAAGACAUCUGGAAUCUUCUGAAACAAACAGGAGAUUUCUCAAGUGAUCCAUGUGAGACGUUGCUUCUGCUGUAUGAGUUUGAAGUUAAAGCCAAAAUAAAUGAUCCAUCACUGGACAGCUUCAUGGAAUCAGUGUGGGAGCUGCCUCAUUUAGAAACUAAAACAUUUGAAGUAAUUGCAUCAUUAGCAAUGGAAAAGCCUGCAUACUAUCCUUCCAUUGCAAUCAAGGCCUUGAAAAAGGCUUUAAUACUUCACAAGAGGCAAGAACCAAUUGAUGUUUUGAAAUACAGCACAUGUGUGCACAACUUGAUUAGCCUCUCAAUGCCAGAGAGGCCAUCGAGGGUCGAGCUUUGUCCCCUGGAAGACAUUGGAGGCUAUUUUGAAGAUGCUCUGAGACUUAUGAACCGCACUGAAGGCUACCCGGAAAUGGAGGUUCUCUGGCUGAUGACCAAGUCCUGGAACACCGCGAUAUCCAUGUUUAGCAGGAAGAAGUACGCGAAUUCUGAGAAGUGGUGUAGCCUGGCAAUGCGCUUCGUCUGCCACCUGGGCUCCCUCAAGGAAACCUAUGAAGUUCAGAUGAACAUCCUGAGCAGUGAGCUCACGCAAGCGCUGUCUGAGAAGAGGGACGUGGCUUUUACGGGAGAGUGA